AUGUCAAAUUCGCAAGUAAUACCUGAUGAUGAACGUAUGUUUGAUCGAUUAGUUAAAAAUGAGAGAGAUAAAGUUGCAUCUGCUAUAUUUUUAAUUAGACAAUAUGGACGAACCAUAGCACAGGAUCAAACAUUAUGUACGACAACAACAGAAAUAACAUGUGGUACUGAUACUUUUGAUGGACAAUACCGUAUUACUGCAAUAGUAUUUUUAGUUGGUUCUUUUACAGAUGUUGGUAUACCAGAACCUACUACAGUACUUAGUUUACCAGCCCUGGUGAUAUUCAGAGUUGACGUUACAGUGCCAGGAACACCUGUAUCCAAUCCAUCGUUGAAUGUCUUGGAACAAAUUAAACAUUUAAAAAAUUUGACAUCGAUUGUUAUCAAUUCUGAUCCAACGUGUACUGCUAUUCCUGCUGAUUUUAUCAAUUUUGACAAACUAAACACCAUUGUUCUUGGUGGAAAUGGUCUGACAGUAAUACCUCCUUCCUUUUUAGACGGUGCCAAUUCAGAGCUAGUAUCGAUCACCAUCGAUGAGCCCAUUUCACAAGUUUCGAUCAUCGAGAAUAGAAGCUUUCCAAAGUUAUAUUAUUUAACACUUACUACUAAUUGUAUUCUUGGUGGUCCAUGUAUUAUUAAUGUAACAUCCACAUACUAUCCUAAUUUAAGUAGAUUAGAGAUACAAAUGCUUCAAAAUUCAUAUAUAAAUGUUGGUUAUUAUAUUAAUAUAAAUACUGGAUCAAAUGCAUUAGUUUGUAAUGAUGUUUCUAAUGGUGCUCAAUGUCACUUGACGAUAGGAUAUCCUUCUUAUUUAUCCAUUUUACAAAUUUCAGGUCAGGGAUCUACUUAUAGUCCUCCUAUUGACGCAAGUUCAUAUUCCAUGCUUUAUGAUUUAAGAUUAGAAAGAAUGGGGUUGACAACAUUUCCUUUAGCAUCCUACCCUCCUUUAUCCCUUUUGAAUUUGAUUGGUAACUCAAUUUCAACUAUUCCAAGUUUACCAGUACCAGCAUCUUUACAAACUUUGAGAUUAAAAAAUAAUUUACUUACCACUUUGGAUUUUAGCAUGUUCUCCAAUAAUAAUGGACUCGACCUUUUAGAACUCAGUGGUAAUACAAACUUUGCAACUAUCACAAAUCAGUAUUGUAAACAUAAAAUAUCUAUCCUAUCGACAGCAGUUACCACGGUGCCAGAUUGUUUCUGGUGUUAUUCAGGUCUUACUGGUGUUUUAAUCUCCGAUUUACAACGUCCAGCGAAUUUUAAUUGUGUUGUUAAAAUUAAUGCAGCUUCUAAUUUACUUGCAACAAAUAUGGGAUCUGUCAUUAUUACAGGAGAAAAUUUGGGAUAUGGUCACCAAGAUUUUGGUUAUAGAAUUAUAAAAAUGAUUCCAAACGCUCAAAUGCAUUUAUCUGUGGACACAAUACCGAUGAAUCCAACAAACUAUACAUUGAAACUCUCUUCAUUCGUAAACCCACCUACACUCAAUGUAACUGUGGUUGAGGGUAUUGUCAGCAUCCAAUCGGUCAGUGCACAAGAGACGGGUAACAGCACCAUUAUCAAAUUUCAUAUGAUCUCCUACAACCCGUAUUUUAGUCACACCGUUCUUAUUGGCACCACUCUAUGCGCCAACAUUACCGACAUUGCUCCGUUGCGAUUCGAUUGUACUGUACCUCCACUCGCGACAGGUGUAUACACGGUUAGAAUAUACAACUCGUUCUACGAGCAAGCCAUGCCAAUCAACUUUACAUUCUCGUACCCCGUUGUCAAUGCGAUCACUCCACUCCCUGCUCUAAUGGGCUCCAACAUCACAUUGGCUGGUUAUUUCGGACUCAACUUUAUCAAUCCAUCCAUAUCGUUCAUGGACCAGUCUGGUGGUGCUUCGAUUGCCGAGUGUGACAUUAAAGUAAUGGAGGAAAAUAGAAUUAUUUGUCAGUCAAACAUAGCUAUAUCCAAUAAUGCCCGAGUACUUGUCGAGAUUAAUUCAAUCAACACUACAUUUAUCAUUACUCCUCAGUAUAUUUGUCAACAAAGAACAAAUAAUUGUUCAGGUAAUGGUCAAUGCGAUGCAAUUCAAGGUGUUUGUAUUUGUAAAAGUAAUGCAUUUUAUAAUGAUUGUUCAAAACCAUAUCCAAUUAUUAGUUCAGCAAGUUAUGAUUCAACAAAUACAAAAAAUGUUAUAUUGAAUGGUGAUUUUGGACCUUAUACAAUAACAAAUUCGAUAAUCAAGAUUAAUAAUACUUUGGAUUGUGCAGUUAGUUUUGUUUUACAGCAAUUAAUUAAUUGUACUUUAGGUCAAUCACCAAAUUAUGGACUGUCAUCUGUUCAUCUAGAAAUUUAUUCUGCUACCAAUAGCAUAGAUACAACUGUAAGAAAUAUAUUAUAUUUACGUCCCCCUACAAAUAAUAAUGGAGGAACAACCACUACUACCACCACAUCAACAACAGGAGGAUCACUCACUCCACAGGAACAAUGUGAAAAAGAUACAUUCAAUUGUUAUGGACAUGGUAAAUGUGAUAUUAAUGGAAUAUGUCAAUGUGAUGAUAAUUAUAAUCCUGUUGAUAAUUGUUUUACAAAGUUUUCCAAUACAACAAUCAAACCAAAUACAACAUCACCAACAGUAUCAUUUGAUAUUGAUGGAAUUGAUUUCCAAUUUGAAAUUGUAUCAAUUCAAGAAUUGGAUUUGGAUGCAGUGGUAUUGAAAGAAUUAUUUAUUUCAAAUUAUUCAUGGAAUGUAAAUGUAUCAAGCAAUAAUAUCAUAACCAUUGUCAACUAUCAAUUAAAUACAACUACAAAUUCCUCUUCAUCCUCUCCAUCCUCUUCAUUCCAAUCAGUAUUGGUAUCAUCAACCAUUUCAUUUUCAACACAAUCAAGAGAUAUUCAAUUUGGUGAUCAAACACUUCACAUCAAUCCCAAUUCUAUUAAAUUGGCAGUCAACAUCACCAACUGGCAAUAUUCAUCCAAUUUGGCAACACUCAGAGUUGUAUUUAGAACAAUCAUCAACAACAAUCAAACUGUAGAAUAUGAUUGUGAAGAUAAAAACGUGGAACCGUUGACAUACGACUCGGUAUCAUCAUUACAAUAUCUUAGGGUUGUCAAAGAUAAUGUACAAUUCAAUGGUAGAUUUAUUGAUUUUGCAUUAUCAGAUGGUAGACCAACCUAUUCACAAACACAACUCAUAUCAUUGUCUCAACAUCCCAACAAUGAUGAACAAUCGAUUGCAAUGAUUGGUAUUAAUUUCCCACAAUGCAAGUCGUGUGUUCUCGAUCCUGAUUUCACACCAUUACUCAUCGACAAAGAGAAUGAUAGUGGUUGUGGUGAUGACUCCAAAUCAAACACAUGGCGUAUUAUUGUUGGUGCAGUUGUUGGUGGUGUUGGUGCUGUAGCUAUUGUUACUGCAUCAAUAAUCACUAUUAAAAAGAUACAAAAAAGAAACAAAUUUAAUGCUCAUGUUCAAAAUAAUAGAUUAUGUUCAUUAGUUUUCUUUUGUGAGAAUUUACCUGAUGGUUUUACUCAUAUCACUCAAAUUUCAAUCAUAGUCAACACUUUUACAAAUGUUGGAAUACCAGACCCUAAUACUGUAUUGGAUCUGCCUUACUUGCGACUCUUUAACUUACUUUACAAGGAUCCUUCAAAACAGGUUGCCAAUCAGACCAUCAAUUUAUUAGAGUACAUGAGACCAUUGACGAAUCUGACCUCUAUCAAUAUCGUUUCCGACCCUUCCUUGACGUAUUUACCAACAACAGGAUUUGAUUCACGUGCUAAACUUGAAAUGUUUACUGUGGAUUCUAUUAACAUACGUGCCGUUCCAGAGGGUUUCUUAAACAACUCGAUCAAACUGAAUUUCCUCCAAUUCCUGGCGCCCAUCGAAUCGAUAGUCAUUGACGAUUCAUACAAUUUCCCAUCUUUAAAGACACUACAAAUACAUUCAAAUCGUACCACUGCUAGUCUUGGAUUACAUUUCCUCAACAUUACAACAAAAUCAUUUCCAAUUUUGGAAAAUUGUAAUAUUGUUAGUUUACCAGGAUCAAAUACAACGGUUUAUCAUUCAAUUUCGAAUCUCAACUCAUUGUAUUGCGGUGCUCUAGAUGAAAAUGGAGGGGAUUGCCAUUUGGUAAUUGGUAAUCCUCAAAGUUCACAAUUUGUAACGGUUAGAGGACAUCAGUCUACCUUAUCACCCUUUCCUAUUGUAGGAUCGGAUUUCCCAGAGUUAAAGUUUCUUACACUAGGUUAUAUGGAUUUAGUUAGCUGGCCAGUUCAGAGUUACCCUCCAAAAUUAGUUGUUUUGAAUUUAUCAAAUAAUAAAUUCACAACAGUUUCACCUUUACCAGUACCAAAGAGUGUAAGCAACUUUAUGGUUGCAGAUAAUGAAUUGACAGGUGUCAUUGACAUAGACUCGAUCUUUUCAAAUAAUAAUGGUGGAGUAUUAUCAUUUGAAAACAACCUCGGCCUGGACCAACCCCUUUCCAAUAACAACUAUUGUAAACAUCAACUGUAUAUUCGUAACACGUCAAUUCCAUCGGUACCACCAUGCUUUUGGUGUUAUAAAGAAUAUCGAACAACAGGCUUUGUUGUUUUUGAAACUGAUUUGUCACUUCCAUCAGGUUUUACUUGUCCUUAUAAUCUUAAUGUACCAAUGUUGGUGACAAGUAAUAAGACUGUUAAUUUUACAGGUAGCAAUGUUGGAUGGGGUAGAGUACAAACACCCAAUUAUACUCUGACCAGUAUUAUACCCAAUAAUCAGAUGGUUGCAGUAUUUGAUCAAGCUUACCAAUAUCCAACCCUCUUUCCUUUCAAACUUGCUCCGUUUGUCAGUCCACCACUAGUCAACAUCAACGUGAUUGAAGGUGGUGUCAAAAUUGGCAACAUCACAACCCAACAAACACCAAAUGUAACCACUAUCAUUGUAACAAUGAGCGAAUACAACUCGUAUUUCUCACAUUUCUUUGUCGUCGAUGCUUCCACCACAUGCACUAAUAUAUCCAACCCCCAAUCGAAUAAGUUUGUGUGCCAAGUGCCACCACUCACAAGUGGAAUCCACCAAUUGUCUGUCUGGAAUGAUUAUUACAGUCAAGCUUUGUCAUUCUCCUUUGACGCUACGUAUCCAAACAUCAUAGAAGUCACCGGUCUACCUUCUCCUCUGGGAUCAAACAUUACAUUGACUGGUAAUUUUGGUACGUUGGUUAGUGGCUUGCAAGUCUCUAUCCUUAAUGGCCGUAUGGAUACUGCACAAUGCGUCGUCAAAUCGGUAACAACGACGACCAUUAUAUGCGAGACUGGUAUGUCAAUAGUAAACACGCAAGUAGAUAUCAUAGUUGAUGUCGAUGGCUAUCAGGCAUCAUACCUCGUUACCCUAUUUGAACUCUGUACAUUAACAACAAAUAAUUGUCAUGGUAAUGGUGUUUGUGAUCAUUCAGGAGAUUCAUAUCCAAUUAUUAGUUCAGCAAGUUAUGAUUCAACAAAUAACAAGUUGGUUACAUUAAAUGGUGAUUUUGGUCCAUAUCCUAUAACAAAUGUAAUGAUAAAGAUUAAUAAUACUUUGAAUUGUACUGGAAAUGAUAAAUCACAAUUCCAAAUUAAUUGUACUUUAGAACAAUCACCACCUUUUGGUUUGUCAUCUGUUUAUUUACAAUUAAAUAAUCAAGUAGACGGAUUAAAUACAACUGCAAGAAAUAUAUUGAUUUUACGUCCGACCGGUAAUGGAGGUGGAUCAACUACUACAACAACCACCACUACCACCACAUCAACAACAUCAGGAGGAUCAUCAAAUACACCACAACAACAAUGUGAAAAAGAUACAUUCAAUUGUUAUGGACAUGGCAAAUGUGAUAAUAAUGGAAUAUGUCAAUGUGAUGACAAUUAUAAUCCUGUUGAUAAUUGUUUUACAAAGUUCACAAAUACAACUAUCAAACCAAAUACAACGGACCCAACAGUAUCAUUUGAUAUUGAUGGAAUUGAUUUCCAAUUUGAAAUUGUAUCAAUACAGGAAUUAGAUUUGGAUGGUAAUACAAUCCUCAAAGAAUUAUUUAUUUCAAAUUAUUCAUGGAAUGUAAAUGUAUCAAGCAAUAAUAUCAUAACCAUUGUCAACUAUCAAUUAAAUACAACUACAAAUUCCUCUUCAUCCUCUCCAUCCUCUUCAUCCUCAUUCCAAUCAGUAUUGGUAUUAUCAACCAUUUCAUUUUCAACACAAUCAAGAGAUAUUCAAUUCGGUGAUCAAACACUUCACAUCAAUCCCAAUUCUAUUAAAUUGGCAGUCAACAUCACCAACUGGCAAUAUUCAUCCAAUUUGGCAACACUCAGAGUUGUAUUUAGAACAAUCAUUAAUAACAACCAAUCAGUUGAAUAUGAAUGCGAAGAUAAACAAAUUGAAUCAUUAACAUAUGACUCGUUAUCAUCAUUACAGUACCUCAGAGUUGUCAAGGAUAACGUACAAUUCAAUGGUAGAUUUAUUGAUUUUGCAUUAUCAGAUGGUAGACCAACUUAUUCCCAAACACAACUCAUAUCAUUAACACAAUCGGAUGGUGGAGAUGAUGAACAAUCAAUUGUAAUGAUUGGUGUUGGUUUGCCACAAUGUAAUGAAUGUGUUCUCGAUCCUGAUUUCACACCAUUACUCAUCGACAAGAGUGAAUGUGGUCACUCUGAUAGUUGGAGAAUCAUUGUUGGUGCUGUCGUCGGUGGUGUUGGUGGAGCUGCUAUAAUUGUCGCGUCAGUCUUAACCUAUUUGAAAAUACGAAAGGGUAAGAUAUUUGACCAACGUUUAUCCGUCAAGAUGAAAGGGAUGGGUCAAUAA